GUCCGAGAAACCGAGCGGAUCAUAUAGCAGGUGGUGCGGCGGCCAGCUGCGUCUUUUCAUUGCGUAGACCAUUCACGAGAUAUAAUCCUACUUUUAUAUAAGCUUUAAUUAUACAUACUCGAUCCUUACAUGGACUACUGGUGUUAUUAAUGGCUCAUUGGGCAAGAAGCAUCUGAUUAAAAAAGUAGUCUUGCACCCUCAAGAGCAAAGCCAAAGGAUCCCUAGGAGGACGAAGGGUGGGUACAAGGAAAAGCAGAAGUGACCAGACAAGAAGACCCGUGACCAAAAUGAUGACUGAACUAAGGAGAAGACCCCAAUAUGCAUUGCUGGUGGUAGUGUGAUAAGGAGGACGGGAGACUACAUCAGGACAAGGACGAAGGGCAGCAUGCAGAAGUGUACGAGCGGAGCACGGAUCCGGAUCGUCAGGAAGAACAGUGUAGGGGGUCGAAACAUCUGAGAAUGGACUGCCCGUGAUCUAAGGCGGUGGGAACUACCUGGAAAAAAAAAAAAAGUGGAUGUGAAGAGGUAGUGAAGAAAGUGGUGGAAGCCAUCAAAGCAGCAGAAGGGAAGAAUGUGAGUGUGCCUGUGGUUAGUAUGAACCGACGGCCGAGAGGAGAGGGGUCGGAGAGGGUUGAUGAUCACCAACUUGAAGAUAUAAGAAGGAAUGAAACUGAAGAAUGAGUGGCUAUGGAAGAAAAAAAGUGAAUGUUAGUUUCAUCGACCUGGACAACAGACUGAGGGCGGGCAUGGACUACUGCCCAGACAGAAUCCAACGAAUUAGAUAAAAUUGUGAAAUAUAUGGAAAAGUUCUUGCUUCUCCCUGCACCGAGCACCACCAAGCAACAUCAGAGUGGCACCAAUACGUAAGGCCUUAGGAGUGAUCUCGAACCACCUGUACCAUCAAGAUCAAGAUCAACCAGCUGUGUUGUAUUGUUUGGGAAGACUCGUCAGAAUGGUAGCGGGUGGUGGGACUCUCGCUGCUUAAGGUGGACAAGAGUGCCAUGGGCGACAAGGUUGAUAUAACAGCUCAUCCUCCCAUCGUAGAGGCAGAGCUGACCUCUCUUAAAGGACCUGAUAAUUUUGCUCUACCAGCUGCCAUGUGCUUUUCCACUGAAGUACUUCAUCUAGUCAGUGUCAUCCCCUCUCUACCCAUAGCUAAAACAGCACAGUCUGUCUAUCCAUUGUCCUUCAGGGAUUAUCUUAAAUCAGAGCUGCGUCGUGGAUACCUCCUUGAAAAUGAUGAGGAGAGGUAUACAGCACGACGGGAGAAGGUUUAUACCUUCUUCAAAAUUCCAAGGGAGAUUGAGAAGUUUGUUGCAUAUGGCUUCUUCCAGUGUGCAGAUUCCUUCUUCUUUGUCUUCACUUUCCUGCCAGUCAGAUUCACCUUGGCCAUCUGGUCUCUGUUGACUCGUCCCUUCAGAAAAGUGUUUGGAUUGUACUUCAGCAAAAACAGGAGGAUAUUGAAGCCAGCGGAAAUUGUUGACUUGUUAAAAGGUGUAAUGGUGCUGGUGUGUUGCUACUUGAUGGGAUACAUAGACACAUCUGUCUGCUAUCACAUUAUCAAGACUCAAUCUACCAUAAAGCUGUACCUGUUCUUUAACAUGCUGGAGAUUGCUGAUCGGCUUAUGUCAGCAUUUGGCCAGGAUACUUUGGAUGCUCUGUUUUGGACAGCCACAGAACCUCGUGGCAGGAAGCGUGAACAUUUUGGAGUACUGUUUCAUCUUCUUGUUGCCAUUGCCUAUGUGGCUCUACAUUCUACCAUUGUGUUGCUGCAGGCUCUCACCCUUAAUGUAGCCAUUAACUCUGACAACAAAGGCCUUCUGACCAUUGUCAUCUCUAAUAAUUUUGUGGAACUGAAAGGUGCAGUUUUCAAAAAAUUUGACCGGAAUAACCUACUGCAAAUCUCCUGUAGUGAUGUCCGUGAGAGGUUCCACAACUGUGUGCUGUUGCUGGUAGUGGUUAUCCAGACUAUGAAAGAAUAUGCCUGGAAGGAGGAGAGAUUGUGGAUCCUGCUGCCAGACUGUCUGUUGGUCUGUGGAACAGAAAUUCUUGUGGACUGGCUUAAACAUGCAUUUAUCACAAGGUUCAAUGAUAUCCCAGCUGAUGCGUACAAGGACUACACAGUUCUCCUUGCAUCAGAUCUCAUCAUGUGCAAACAGAAAUAUGCAUACUCGGACCACAGUGACCUGGUGGCAAGACGCAUGGGCUUCAUUCCCCUGCCACUUGGAGUUGUCAUGUAUCGCAUUUUGAGUCAGUCCAUUCGUCUUACAAGUCCUGCUUCUUAUCUCGUCUUGGGAGUUGGCUUCCUCUGUCUUCUCUCCUUCAGGGUCUUGAAUGGUAUCAUCAUCUUGGGUAAAGCUUGUGAUCUCAUAGAAUGUGCUGAGAGGCGCCGUGCAAGAAAUGAAUCUGUAUCUGAGAGUACAGAGAAGAAAUCCAGCAGUACUUGUGAAAAAACCUCAUCGUCAUCUGUCAGCUCUAAGAAAACUAUCAAGGUUGAGGUGGCAACAAGUCCCAUUAGAGGCUGGAGCAUGCCACCACCAACCACCCUUUCCAAUGAAAGAACCCAAUCCAAAACACAUUCUCUUGAGGUUUCUACUCCAGCUUCUGCCUCUGCAUCUAUAGUUUCCACUCCAUCACCCUCAGACCCUCCUGUCAGAAGUGACUCCCUUGAUUUCUUGGUAGAAUCAAAGAAAGGGCUUAUGGCCAAUAGUAUGGUCAAUCUCUCUAGUGUGGGCAUUAAUGAAGGCCCCUUUACUAAUGAUGCUUCAAGGCAGUAUCGACUGCAGCAUUCUCUGGAAAGUAUUGUCUCGGUAGACAAUACAGAUGUGGGUGAAUCCACUGGUGAGCAUCAUCAAUCUUCUUUAUCCUCCCCAUGUACAUCACUGAAGUUGCUGAAUCAAGAUGAACAGGCAGAGCGCAUCCAGACAGUGUCCUUAAUCGCAAAUGUUUCACCUGGAGGGGACAACAUUGGGACAGAGUGUGGUGUAUCGGAGAAUGUAUCAAGUGAGGCUCGAAAAUUUAAGAGACAUCCUUUUGUUUCCUGUGACUCCAUAAGGUACAGAGGCUCUACAGAUGGUGAUAUACUGUGAUUUUUCCAUACCUAAUAUAUUCUUUGUAAGUACUGUAAAUGUAAAUGUAGAAUAGUUUUUAAAAGACAUUGCACAAUAAUAUUGCAGGAACAUAAUAAGGAAUAUUAGACAUUCUCUAAUAUUUACAGUUCCAUGACAAGGUUAGCAUGUGCAGUAUUGUAAAAUAUGAAGAGUAAUAUAUAUGAAAUUUAUACCUAUUGUCAGUGAACCUUGACAGCUUAAAAUACCUGUCCUUGCAUUACCUUUAUGACAAAAAAAGAAAAAAAAAAACUGAGAUAAGGGCAAGUUCAUAUCUCUCUACACAAUAAAAAAAAAAAACAGAUUGUAUGUUCAUAUGUUCUUUACAUAAUAUUCUGAAUUAAAUAUGAAAUAACUUACUUGUACUGGAUGCAACUCUACAUAUGCAGAAAAUGCAAAGCAUAUUAAAACAAUAUUAAUUAAUUUUAUAUAUAUAUAUAUAUAUAUAUAUAUAUAUAUAUAUAUAUAUAUAUAUAUAUAUAUAUAUAUAUAUAUAUAUAUAUAUAUAUAUAUAUAUAUAUAUAUUUCCUGGUGAGUCAUAAAAGGUGACUAAAAGAAACUGAGUCACAUAAAUGAGGCUCUAAUAGUUUUUAUAAUACAAGAGUGUUCCAAUUUAAAAUUAUUUUUGCAUACAGAAUGAUUCACAAGUUUCUAAGCUGAAAAUAUUGUGUGUGUUUAGUGCUUUGGUUUAAUCAUGAGGCUUGAAAAUUGACAGGAGGUGCCUUGUUUCUCAGCAUUAGCUGAAUGCCCAUGACCCCCCCUCUUCUGUUGCCAGAUAUUCAAAACUUGGAUGUCAUUCUCCUAUUAACUCACUCUUCUUUUAGUUUUCAUUCAUGUAAAUGAUCAUUUUAAAAAAAUCAUGCCAACAUGGCAUCAAAUACAGCCAAUUUGAAAUAAAUCUAUGACUAGAAAUGCACAACUAGCAACAUGUUAUAGCAGGUUGCAUUUCAGGGUCUAGGUGGGUGGAUGGUAGGGAGCCAAUGCAACAGUUGUGAGACACCUCUCAUCAAAAUCACAACUAAUAAAUGCACAACAACUGAGGCCCCUAGUGUUGAAAAGGGGAAUCUAGCAAAAUCAUGUUUUCAGAUAUUGGCAUUUGAAGUAAGUUAUUCACAUGUGGACCCCUUAGUGUUGUGAGGGUGAUCCAAUAAAAUGCUGUUUCAAGAUAUUCGCAUCUCAAUAUUUGUGAAUUUAAGACAAGCUGGCAGCUAAUUCUGUUAAUAGUGUUGUUGAUACAUGUGCAUCAUGAUCAUCUUUUAUUAUAAACAAAAAAUGCAUUACCAUUAAAUUGCUAUUUCCUUCAUGUAUUUACCAAUACAUGUGUAUCAUAAAAAUAUUUUAGUAUAAACAAAAACAGGGAUUACCAAUAAAUUGCUACUUCCUUCAUGUAUUUACCAAUAUGUGAGUAUCGUGAAAAUAUUUUGGUAUAAACAAACAUGGAUUACCAAUAAGUUGCUACUUCCUUCAUGUAUUUACCAGUAUGUUAGUAUCAUGAAAGUAUUCUGAUUUAAAAAAAAAAGGGAUUACCAAUAAAUUGAUACAUGUGUAUCAUGAAAAUAUUUUGGUAUAAACAAAAACAGGCAUUACCAAUGAACUGCUACUUCCUUUGUGUGUUUUAAUAAUAUCCCUGAUGCCUGUAAAGCAGAAGAAAAUCAUUACUCUUCAACAUAACUAUACACAAAUAUAGACCUUGUACUCAUAAAAAUUAUGAAAAGCAUUGAAGUUUAGGUGAUAAUUUGGCAAGUGGGUGGAGGUGAUUAAUAAUAGUCAAGCAUGUCGUCACUCGGAUCAAACACUUCAGCAACAACAAUUCUUUCUUGCCCAAAUAUCUGUUCUUCAUAGAAGGGUUUGUUAGUUGCUGGGAUGUACUCCUUUAAUAGAGCAAUGUCAGCAAGCUUCUCUGGAAUGUGAUUGGAUGUAAGAAUUUUGGCAGAAGUGGAACUGCAGCAAGGUCAAAGAUGGAUUGGUUGUAUGAAGUUGUUCUCCCCUUCUGCAGUUUGACAAACACAGGGCUUACUUCACUGUAUGCCAUCUUAAUACCAUAAUUCUCCUUAUGCUGCAAUGAGUACAAUAACACUUUAGCAUCUGAAAACCACAAACAGUAUCAUGCUUCAAGUUGAAAACAUAGCACUUAUAUCAGUAAAUAAUUAUAUACAUACUUACACUACUAGUAAUUGUACUGCACUGUGCAGUGGAUAGGUAAGGAUGUUUUUUUAUCUAUGAAUAAAAAGUACAUAAAAAUGAAAAUCAGUUUCAUGUGGUAUGAGAGUAUAUUAUGAGAAGGGAAAAAAUUAUGCUAGAUACAUAUAUGAAAGAGGACAGGGAGAUGUAAGAAACCAAUCAGCACACAAUGGGAGCAGCAGUGAUGAGCAAAUAGUCAAAAUCUCAUUAAUAGCUUGUAAUCUACCAACAGAUCUCUUGGGGUGUUUGCUGCAAUUGCAGAUUUCCCUCACACCAGUGCAAAUUUAUGUAAACUCUCUCUUGAUAUUUUUUGUUUAUUUUGUAUGAGUGUAAAAAAAAAAUCAGGAAGAAAAGCACUUCUCCAAGGCACAGAGCAGUCUUCUUAUUCAUUAAAUGGCUAAAAUGUCUCUUUCACGUACCUUUCACCUCCUUCAUUAUAUAAAGCUCAAUUUAACAGAUUGUGUGAGUCCACAAAUGAUGAAAAUGAAUGGACAAGAAGAAAUUUAAUACUGUCCACUACACACACACACACACACACACACACACACACACCACUAACCUGCAAUCAACAAUUUCCAGCAGCACAUCCUUCACAGUCUGCUACAUGAUAAUAUGUGCCAUUCCUUCCCAACAACAAGUGUUCUUUCUUGAGAUGACCCCGAGAAACACAUUUCAGAUAAAGGAGGAUCAUGUACAUAGAUGCAUGUUAAUGUCAAAAAUUUUUUUUUUGCCAUCCACCACUUGAAGCAAUUCCCUGCAAGUGAAUAGCAAACCAUUAGUGUGAAAGCAUUAACAAAAUGUCCUCAUACAUGUGAAUGAUAGAAACACAUAAAAAGAUUACAAUAUAAAACAAUAUAAAGUAAAUCAAGUGAACAAUACAGUAUCCUGCAGUCCCUGUGGUUAAAAGUGAAGAGGAAAUGUUUUACCCUUUUAAAUAUCCAUGGUAUCCUGACCUACAGUGAUGUGUGUUGAAGUCAUCGCUACAAAGUCUCCACUUUCAAUACCAAUAACACUACCAUUGCCAAUUUGUCAUUAUAUAUAUAUGUAAUUACUUUAACCUUUAUAUAGAAAGCCCUGUACUUUAAUCAUGCUAAAUUUCACACAAUUUUAUAUAAUGGAAAUUUAGGCAUAACCUGCAUAAAAUAAGUUAAGAGGAAAAAUUAGUUCAGAGUCAGUAAACAAGGAUAUCCUCCUUAUAUUAUACAGGGUGUAACACAAGUUUCUGCAGACAUUGAUAGAGGUGAAAGUACAAGUUAUUUUAAGAAGAAAAUGUUCUAUGCUAACAUGCAUUUUGAGGUCUUGUUUAGCUGUGAUAUGAAAUUCAAGUGUGGUUGGGUGAUAACAACCAGUCUGGUAUUCAUGGUGGGACGUAAUGACGUGGUAUGUCCAAUGGUGAAAUUGUGUUAUUCCAUAAUUUCUACAAAUUUUGGAGCAUUACAGUAUCCCAUCAUGAGACGAGUGGUAUUAACAGACAGUUGCUUUACCGAUACACAUUACACAAUUAUAGUAUAUCUUUAAUUAGCACCAAAUAAGAGGCAAUGUGACACCAUGCCUACCUGGGGAGGGAGAGGAAAAGAGUGAGGUUAGGAGUAAAUCAGCUGAUUGCUAGCCAGUCACUUGCAGUUUCACAUCAAGGCAGUGACAGUGAAUACAUCAAGAUUGUAUGUACUGCAUGAUUUUGAAAGAAAAAAACUGCUGACAAUACCAUAGUUACAGUAAUAUGGAGCAUGUGAGCAUGGUGUUUCUCUAACAUAAAUAUCUGUUCAACACGACGUUGUAUUUGUUGCCCGGCCACAUUUGAAUUUCAUAUCAUGACUAAAUUAUGCCUCAAAAUGCAUAUAGAAUAUUUUCCACUUUGGAUAACCUAUACUCUAGCAAUAUCUGCAGAAACUUGUGUUACACCCUGUAUAUCAUUCGAACAUCUGGUCAAGAUAUAUCUUCCUAUAAUAUUUAUUUAUUUUGUGUUUGUCCAUGCAAUUGUUUGCAGCCCCACAUCAGAGCAACCAAGUAAAUUAUUCUCAAGAGCAAAACUGGACUCACUGACUUGGACUUUCAUUGAAAAAUUAGUAAUGUGAAAAAAUCAACAUCCUAUGACAAAAAUCAGAUUUUCUAUGAAUUUAAAAAAAUAAGCAAAAAGCAAAGAAACAUACACAAGUUAAAAGGAAGCAGAGUAGUGCAUGUGAGUCAUGGAUGCCAUGAUUGACUGAGGCGAGAGGAGUGGUGGCAGCUUGGUUUCUCAGUGGCCAGUGGGUUCCACCUCUAGUCACUGACAGGGGAGGUGGUUUGUGGUUUUCACACAGGAUUUCCUCUAACUUUGAGCCUUCUGUAUCCUACCAGAUGAUUUCCCUUGCCUUGUUUCUUUACUCUACAACAAUUUUGAGCCUCUUUAGUGGCCAUUUUCAGCACCAGCUUUAAAUGUGGGGUUUUGCAGGUUACAGCCACGUAGCACAGCAUGCCUCAAUUCUCUUGCUUCAUAAUUUUUCCACAAUACAUAGUGGGAUCCCUGACAUGGUCUUCACUUUAAGCUGCAUUUCUAUCUGUAUGAGCUUAAAAGAUCAUGAUUCCCCCACAUUCAAGAAAAAAUAGCUACUUGUUUGUAGUGUAUAGAUACAUAAUUAUGAUACCUUUGAUUAUGAUAGCCUGGGUGCCAGUGUCUUGGCAUUGUGCUGGGAGGUUGUUGUUGUAGUAGGGCAGAGAGGUAUCUCCUUGAUGAGUCUUGGAAGCAUGAUGACUGGAUCAACUGUUGCAAUCAUGGUAUAGCAAGCAACCCAUGUGUGGCUAGGCUAUUAUUGGAAAGGUACUGGAGAGGAGUUACAGGAAAGACACAUCUGGGAAUGGUGUGGAAAUUUCAUUCUGCUUACUGAAGAUUGAACCAGUGAUGGAUGAGAGAUAAAGUUUCAGCCCCUGCAUGCUUUUCCUUCCAAUGACACAAACACCACUGCUACACUAAUGACUCUGCUAGACCAAGCAAAUUAUUAAUUUUUUUGGUUUUGUGGCCUGCUUCCUUCAGACUAGUCAUCAGAGCUAUCUUGUAUGUAUGGUUUUGAUUAGUACAGGCUAUGCUAAACAAAACAUAGCUGUAUAAAAGUAUAUUUGAGCAGGUUUGUGCACAGUAGGCAUAACCUUGGUGGAUGCCAUGACAUCAUGCAAAUACUUUAAUGAAACAUUUUUCUCCCUCAUAUUAACCUAAAGAAUGCAAUGGAUAAUUUAAAAUUAAUCAUUAUGUCUCAGCAGUUUCAGCAAAUUUAUGGAGCAUUAUAAAUGCAGUUAAAAUUGCAAGAUUUGCAUUCUCCAAAGAAUGUUCCAUAAAUACUUUCAUUCAAGACUUACAUUAAGAUAAAAUACAUUAUGACUGAAGUUGUUCUAUUGAGAUACGAGAUAUUUUGGCUGAUGGUUAUUAAACAUUACCAUCAACAGUAACAAUAUUACAACCAUCAUCACUAGCAACAACAACAUUGUUCUAUAACCACUACUACAACCAUGGUGAUCAUUAUUACAGUUGCUAACUCUAAGACAACCUCCUCAUCACCACUAAAUAUGUACCCUUAAACACAUAUUACUGCAAAUGACUCUCUCUCUCUCUCUCUCUCUCUCUCUCUCUCUCUCUCUCUCUCUCUCUCUCUCUCUCUCUCUCUCUCUCUCUCUCUCUCUCUCUCU